UUGAUGAUUAAUUUGAUUUGAUUGAUCAAACCAUGGCCAAGAUAAAUUUGCUCCCUGCUUUUCUUUUGCUUGCUUUGUUGUGUGCGUGUGAAGCACAAUACGAAGAUAUUGGUGUGUAUGAGCUGAAGAAGGGAGAUUUCUCUGCUAACUUCACCAACUACGGCGCUGUUAUGCUUUCUCUUGUUCUCCCGGAUAAAACAGGGAAGUUGGAUGAUAUCGUUCUUGGAUAUGACUCAGUAGAGGAUUACAAGAAUGAUACAACCUACUUUGGAGCCAUUGUCGGGCGUGUAGCUAACAGAAUCAAAGGGGCUGAAUUUACUUUAAAUGGUGCAUCUUAUAAACUAGUAGCUAAUGAAGACAAAAAUACACUUCAUGGUGGCAGCAAAGGAUUUGCAGACGUUGUCUGGCAUGUAAAAAAUUACAAACAAGAUAGCCAUGUAACAUUUACUUACUAUAGUUUUGAUGGCGAACAAGGCUUUCCUGGCAAUCUGCAAGUGUCAGUGACAUAUAUGAUCAUAGGUACGAACAAGCUAGGCGUGAAAAUGGAGGCCAAGCCUCUGAACAAGGCCACCCCAGUGAAUUUAGCCCUGCACACCUAUUGGAACCUUGGGGGCCACAGCAGUGGGGACAUCCUGUCACACACUCUCCAGCUCCUUGGCUCUAGUAUCACCCCAGUUGAUGAUGAGCUGAUUCCAACAGGCAAAAUCGAUCCCGUUCAAGGAACCCCCUAUGAUUUUCUCCAACCCCAUGAGAUUGGCAGCAAGUUGGACCAGUUGCCUCAUGGAUACGAUGUAAACUAUGUGCUAGACAAAUCCAGUCCUCAACACCUGAGGAAGGUGGCAGUGGUGCAUGAAAGCAAGUCUGGCAGAAAAAUGGAGCUCUGGACCAACAAGCCAGGGGUGCAGGUUUAUACAAGUAACAUGUUGAAGAGUGAGAAGGGCAAAGAUGGAUUUGUUUAUUCAACUUACGCAGGACUUUGCUUGGAGACUCAAGGCUUCCCUGAUUCAGUGAAUCACCCCGAUUUUCCUUCUCAGAUUGUAAAUCCUGGAGAAACUUACAAGCACUUUAUGGUUUUCAGGUUUACUGCCAAUUAGGCCAUUAUAGUAUGUCCAUCAAAGUAGAAGUUGAAGCAAGCUUUCUUUCCUUUUCUUAUUGGAAUUUUCUUUUUGCAACUUCACUUGAUUCAUAAUAUGCCCAAUUUUAUCAAUGAAGAUUCAGAUUAUCUUUUACUAAACUCUGGUUUGUAAGCCUUAUGAAUUAA